UAUUUGCUUAAUAUUUACUUCGCUCUUUAUUUUAGCGAAUUAUUUUAUUUACAUGUUAUUUAUAAAAGAACACUUAAGAAAUUAAUUCAUUUUAAUAUUACUUAACUUUCAAGCGCGCACGCGACAUCGAUUUGGCCGUAUUGAAUACAUUUUCGCUAAUAAUAAUAGUAAUUAUCAUUAUCAUCAUGUCCUGAGUAGCUUGUCUUGGUUUCACUACCUACCGAAUAAAUAGUUUACCCUUACUACCCACGACCCCUCACCGCACAUCAUGUCACAGAAACAUUUGUAGAUGCCACACUACCUUCAUUUGCAAUGAAUAUUAUCUUAGCGAAGAUCCCAAUUUAUAAAUAGACCUAAGCUGGUCGUUAUUUUAAUUAUUUGAUCUCAUGAAGGCAACUGAUUUUAUAAUUUAAUUUUUUGUUAUUAGUUACUAGAUAUUUAUAGCUAGUUUCAAGCCCCUAUGAUGGUUUUUUGUUCCUAAAAAUUGGAUUUUAAUCCAAAGAGAAGUUGAGUUUUGAGCAAAAGGAUUCUGCUUUGAGAAUCUUACUACGCGCUUAGCUUCUCUGUCAGUUAUUUCCGGACGACGGCCACGUAUUCCAAGAUUCGGUUUUUAUUUUAAGUCAUUUUGAAUCCUUGUCGGUGAACAACUAAUUUAAUUUUCAACUUUAUACGUUUUGCAUUUUGAAAUAAGUUUUUUUUUACAAGAUCGUGCUGAUAAGCCGUGUAGUGCUUACCUCAUCCCAUUGCUUUUAUAUUUGUGUUUGGACAAUUUAAUCCUUGCACUACUAUUAUUUUGACUGCCUCAAUAGCUUACACUUAAGAAAAUAAAUAAAAGUGAUAAGCUAUACAGUUUGCAAUAAUUAACAUUUUAAGUAAAAUUUUUCUUCAUUCUUUAAGUAAAAUUGAUACUUUGUAUGUCCAUCUUUGUGCUCUAUCAUGUUUUGCAAUCUCUUAUUCAUAGAAUGCACCAAAUCUUGUGUAGGGAGGGUGUGGCAGCACGUUUUACUAUAACCAUUCCUUAAGUGAAGGAGAAUGUUUCGGAUCGUUAUCCUGAAUAAAGCAGUAUCCACCAUUUAAACUGACUUAAGCUGCUGACAGAGCAAACUAAUUUUUAAUAUUGCCUGUAGUCCAUUACUUACAUAAUUCCUUUGAUGAAAACAAAGUUACCGACGCCAUUUGUUCCCACUGCACUCCUUUUACUUCCAUGGCACCAUACACCACACAAUGCAGCCUCCUCCGAGCUAACAGUCUUAUUUAGUUUUUUUUUAUACUUUAGCGGUUAGCCCUCUUUGCGCCCUACAAAUCGACGACCGUCAGAUCCAAAUAAAUAAAUUUGGACUCAUCAAUACAAAUUUCAGAAUCAAAAGUUUCUUCAUCCGUGUAAUAGUAUAGUAAAUAUUUCUCUUCGAUAAUUAUGGCUUGUUUCGUGGUGUAUACGCUCUAAAAUCGGAGAAAGCUUAAAAUGCUGAACAUUUUGAUGGUGGAGUUUUGCUAUGGCAGCUUCUUUCAACUCCUUGGCGUUAGUGACGACGGCAACUUUACUUUCAGCCACGUUCCACUAUUAUGAAGUCUUGCAACUCCACCUAUCCUUUUGUAUUUAUUAAUAUUGUACUGAACAAUAGUAUGUGUUUAUUGAAAACAUUGCCUAUUUCGCUAGUACUUUUGUUCUGUUGCCAAUAUUUGACUACCAGAGGCUGUAAAUCUGUUGUUUGUUUAUUUAUCAUUUUUUCUUUAAAAACUACAACCGCACAAAAGAAAUUCGAUUAUCAAAUAACACAUUUUGACCAUACGAAAAUAAUACCAGACCAAAAUAACGCUACCUACUUGAUAACUACAUUUAAAGCGUUGCAGCAUUUUUUUGGUUUAAAAAUGUCUUCUCGUAAAACCGCUGGACGUCGUGCUACCACAAAAAAACGAGCACAACGCGCCACAUCAAAUGUGUUCGCUAUGUUCGAUCAGGCCCAAAUAGCCGAGUUUAAAGAAGCUUUUAAUAUGAUCGAUCAAAAUAGAGAUGGUUUCGUUGAAAAAGAGGAUUUGCAUGAUAUGUUAGCUUCUCUAGGAAAAAAUCCAACAGACGAGUAUUUAGAAGCGAUGAUGAACGAAGCACCUGGACCUAUAAAUUUCACUAUGUUCCUUACCUUAUUUGGGGAACGCCUACAAGGAACAGAUCCUGAAGAUGUAAUUAAAAAUGCUUUCGGUUGCUUUGAUGAGGAAAAUAACGGUGUAUUACCCGAGGAUCGAUUGCGCGAGCUAUUGACCACAAUGGGAGAUCGUUUCACCGAUGAGGAUGUCGACGAAAUGUAUCGUGAAGCACCUAUCAAACACGGUCUGUUUGAUUAUAUAGAGUUCACCAGAAUUCUUAAACACGGUGCCAAAGACAAAGAUGAGCAAUAAAGCUUGUAAGCAGACUUCCACAUUCCUCAUAAAAGCAUAUUUGAGCAGAUAAAAUUUACCCAAAUUUUCUUUAUAUACAUACAUAAUUGCUUCAUUCAUUAGAAAGAUUAGAAAACAUAAUUUUGUGCAUGCAAAUGUUUACAAGUAUUAUACAUAAAAAACAGUAAAGUGUAAUUUUUUAUAAUUAAAAUUGGUUACAUAUACAUACAAUGA